AUGGAACAUGAUCACAUUCAUAAGCAUGAAGAAAGAGUAACAAGCACUUAUGCUGAAAUUUACUUUGACGAUGACUAUUGUGGAGUUCGUAAGCCGUUACAAAUAGAAUUCGAGGAUACAGAACCAUCUGAAGAUGAAGACGUUGGCGAUGAGUGGGUCUCUCCCAGUGACCAGUUAAUAGGUAUAGUAGAUCUUAUACCACCAUUUACUUCUAAAAUUACUAGAGGUAAGACUCACGAAGGUAUACUCGCUAUCGGUAACGAUGUACUGGAAAAUGAACGAGCCAGAUUCUUAAAGACAUUGACCCAAUUAUUAAAUGACAAUGAUCAAGGAUGGUCACAUAUAUUACAGAAUGAAAGAAAAUUAGUCGAACAAAAAGUAAAACGAAUUUAUGAUAACAUAUUUGCAACUAAAAGUAAAAUCAUGUCCAAGGAAAUAUCAGAAUUUUAUGAAAAAACACUACAAGAAUUAGAGGACCACUUGAGAUCGGAAUUGAAAGAUUUAUUGUUAAGCGCUCGCGCUAAUAUAAUCAGUGACUUAAAUAUAGAAAUAAAAGAAAAACUCGCCAAAGAACGAACAAUUGUAGAAGAAGUAUUACAAAAUCGAUAUCAAAAUGAAACAAGUAAGAUAAAGAAAUAUUACAAGCUUUUGCUGGAGAACGAGCUGCAAAGAAGUAGCAAGCUCAUAAAUCAAGCAUUAAAAGAAAGGAAUGAUGCUUUGAAUUCAUUUUAUAGGCAAAUCGAAGCUGAAAAUAUAACCAGCACUAUGUACGUCAUGUGCACGGAAAGAAAGAAAUGUAAAAUUAAACAAUUUCUUCUAGAAAACUAUCAAACAACAGACAUUGCUGAGAAAAUGCAUAAAAUAAAGGAAAGGCAAAAAAUAUUAGAUGAAUAUAAAAGGCAAGAGGUUCAUAUAACUCAAAUAAAUAGAGACUGGGAAGAAAAAAUAAAAAAAGUAUUACAAUUAUUUCUGAAAUUUAUAAGUUACAGCUUAAAAUUAUUACCAGAACAAACGACAUUCUUGCUUGAUCUUGAAAAGAUGGUUGUAUUGCAAAUGAAUGAAAUUCAAAAACAUCCUCAAAAAUGUUCUUCAAUUCUAAUGGAUGACGUUGCAUUUCAAAACAUAUUUAAAUUUGAGGAAAAAAUUCCAAAACCAAUGGUUUGUGAGGGUGAGCCAUUUGUCAUUGUAGGUGAUCUAAACGAUCCAACUCCACCACGAUAUGGAAGUCGAGAAACAUUACCUUCAGAUGUUGAUUUACCAUUUGUUAGAGUUGACAGGCAAUUCUUUUAUGCCAAAUGUCAUGAUUUUGAAGAGGUCAAAGUGUUUCUUGAAACGCAGCGUUGCAAAUGUCAAGAUAUACCAUCGAAGACACCAUCAAAUGUUUCCACUCUGAGUGGAAUACCAGUAACUGCUCCACCAUCACCAUCUACAGCAACUGAAUCAAGCGUCUCUUUAGACGAGCCAUUACUUAUUGACGACAUACACCGCCUCCACCAUUGUCCGGCUAGGAGUUGCCAGAACUGGGCUGAGAGAAUGUCAUUCCCUUAUCUAAACGCGUAUUUAGACUUUACAGAGGAGAAUUUUCAGAGAGUCACUACUAUCCUUGAUCAUCCCAUGCAACUACCAAUUCCACCAGAGUUAUUAGAUCCCAGGAAAUACGUGAACGCUGAAUUACCGUUUUCUGCUACAAAAGAGCUUUAUCAUAAUGCUGAGACACAGUAUUCUAGCCAAGAAGAAUUAUACGUACCAGAAGUAGGUUGUACCUGCUUUGAUACGAAUACUCGUACAGUUGGGAAACAGCAAUCCUCGAGUGAAAUGAAAGAGUCACCUAGUAAAGAACUGAAUGACAUUCUACAGAGACGUAAAACUUCUAUACGGAAUCUAAUCCAGGAGCAUCCUAAUUUGCUAAAAAUAUUUACUGAUGAGUGUUUUGAUUUUCAACUAUAA